UGCUGUCUCAAGUGGAAUAAUCAAAAAUGCUGAUCAUAUGUUAUUUACUGCUGAUGCUCAGAGUGGGGCGAUGCACGGACAGUCUGAUCUUUGAGACGAAGACUGUUGGUGUUGGAGACGAUGUGACUUUGACAUGUACCCGCCAGGCAUCUGAGCCCAAAACAAGGUUGUUUUGGAUCAGGCUAGUUUCUGGAGACUUGCCUGAAUUGUUGGGAGGAACAUUUUCCUUUGAUUAUGAUGGUGUUAACAAGACUCCUCGCAUUACAGCAAAACAAGAGCCGGGAGCAUUUGUCCUGCAUAUUAGUCAAACAAAGCUAAGUGAUACUGGAGUUUACUACUGUGUCAAAGUAAAAGAACUUGACAUGACAUUUCUGAAUGGAACAUUUCUGAGAAUUAAAGAACCUGAUGUUACUGCCGUCGUUCAAGUCCCUCCAUCUGAUUCAGUCCAUCCAGGAGACCCAGUGACUCUGCAGUGUUCAGUCCUCUCUGACUCUGAGAAGAAAACAUGUCCAGGAGAUCACAGUGUGUUCUGGUUCAGAGCUGGAUCAGAUGAAUCUCAUCCCAGUUUAAUUUACACUCAUGGAAACAGUGGUGAUGAAUGUGAGAAGAGUCCUGAGGCUCACUCUCCACAGAAAUGUGUCUACAACUUCUCUAAGAACAUCAGCUCCUCUAAUGCUGGGACUUAUUACUGUGCUGUGGCCUCAUGUGGAGAGAUAUUAUUUGGAAAUGGAACAAAAAUUGAAGCAGUCAACAUGUUGCAGUCCAAUCCAGUUCUGUUUCUGUUGUGUGCUGCUUUGGCUAUCAGUCUCACUAUUAUUGCCUUCCUGAUUUAUACCAUCAAGAAGAAAACUUGUGGUUGUUGCAACGCUGCUGUUGUUUUAGAAACAAAUGCUUCAAUACCUCGUGGUGAUCAGCAAAGUCAGCAGAGAGAUGAGGACUCAUUGGCUUAUUCUGCACCGAGCUUCAUCACGAGGAAAACUGGCAAAGCAGAGAGAAGGAAUGUAAAAACAGCAGAAGAGACAGUCUACUCUGGUGUUAGGGCUUUGUGAUGGAUUAACGAUGGAUUUACAAAUAAAAGGUAUUUGUUGUCUGGCACGCUGUGGGAAAUCAGUAUUCACAUCUGAUGUCGGGAAUAUAUUUUAUUUGCAUCACUUUAAAACAGUUGCAAUGCAUUGUUUUGUAUCUGUUUGUAAUCAUUGUUUGAAAAAAUAUUUAGUAAAUAGAUUAAUAAUGCUACUGCUCAAACAGGCUUUUAAAAAUAUUCAACUUGAAAAGUCUCUUAUUUGAUAUGCAGUUUAUGUUGUUACCCUCUUACUAUGUGUAUCAAUGCAAAAAAUAAUUGUACUAAAUGAAAUUGAUGACGUGUUGCCUACUUUCUUUAAAGACAAACUUAGAUUGUAAAACAAACAGUUCACUUAAUUUUAAGGUGCACCAUUUUCAGUUAUAAUGGCAUAAUAUUGAGCUUCAUGUUUAAAUUCCUAGCCAUGAUUUGGUUAUUUUGAAAAUAACUACUUGCAACGUGUGCAGGAUGCGACUGGUAUAAUAAAUUGAGACUGACUGAA